AUGGCGAAAGAUUGCAGAGAUCCGAUCGUUUGCUUUCAAUGUCAAGAAAUGGGUCAUGAGGCGAGAAAUUACAGGGUAAAUGAUAGAAGAAAUGAUACAUCUGAUAACAGAGGUCGAGGAUAUGGAGGAAGAGGAGCUAGUAAUGGAGGACGUGGUUUUUUUGGGGGUCGAAGUGCUGGAGGUUUUGGUAAUCUUGGAGGUCGAGGUAAUAAAGGUAGAUCUGGGCAGAACUCUAGUCGAGGGGGAAGAUUUGAUCAUCCUAAUCCUUGGCAAUGGCGUAGGGAGAGAAUUUCUUCUGCCUUUUCUUCUUCAAAUAAGCAAGAUUUUCCUUCGGGAAUUGGUCAACAGGAAAAGGGUAAAAGAACACUGGACUCGAUUGAUGAAGAAAAAAAUUCAUGA